CAAAUAAAAGUAGCAAGCAGCUGUGCCCAUACGUGUUUUUAUUUAUUAAUAUCUCGAUAAUGUGCGAUUAACACACGAAAAUUAAAUGUGAAACGUGAAAUCAACAUGUCGAGCCGUCGUUCGAUACUCGGAUCGGCGCUUGACGCUUUACCCCCGCCCAGUGAUCCUCUGCGCGAAUUAUUUGAGGCAUGUAAAACUGGCGAUGCCGUGAGGGUAAAAAAGUUAAUUACUCCCCAAACGGUGAAUGCCAGGGACACUGCUGGACGUAAAUCGACUCCUCUACACUUCGCUGCAGGAUACGGUCGCAGGGAAGUAGUGGAGAUCCUCAUAGCAGCCGGGGCGGCGCUCCAAGCUCGCGACGACGGAGGCCUACAGCCACUACACAAUGCAUGCUCCUUUGGCCACGCGGACGUUGUGAGAGCGCUACUGAGCGCGGGGGCGGCGCCCGCGGCGAGAGACAACUGGGGCUACACGCCGCUGCAUGAGGCUGCUGCUAAGGGCAAGGUCGAUGUGUGCAUAGCGUUGCUGCAACACGGCGCGGACCCGAACAUUCGCAACACGGAAGGCAAGACGCCGCUCGAUCUAGCCGACUCCGCUACCAGGCCUGUGUUGACAGGUGAAUACUGCGCAGCGGAUGUCUUAGAAGCGGCUAGAUCUGGCGCAGAUGAUCGCCUAGCAUCCCUCCUCACUCCUCUCAACGUUAACGUGCACGCCAGUGACGGUAGACGGUCUACUCCCCUUCACUUGGCAGCCGGCUAUAACAGAGCGAGAGCUGUGAGAUUGUUGCUGCAGAGAGGCGCUGAUGUCCAUGCUAAGGAUAAGGGAGGUCUAGUUCCACUACACAAUGCGUGUUCCUACGGCCACUAUGAGGUGACGGAACUGCUCGUACGUGCGGGCGCGGACGUUAACGCAACCGAUCUAUGGGCGUUUACUCCGCUACAUGAGGCUGCCAGCAAGGCGCGGUUAGAGGUAUGCUCCCUCCUGUUAAGCGAGGGCGCAGACCCCACACUACUGAACUGUCACGGCAAGUGUGCGCUCGACGUAGCGCCCACCCGGGAGCUGCAGGAGAGAUUGGCUUUCGAAUACCGAGGACAUUGUCUACUAGAAGCCUGCAGACUAGCAGAACCGGCGAGGGUCAAGAAACAAUUGUCUGCUGUCUCAGGACAUCAGCAUCAGAGUUCCCAAGCCUCAACCAGCGGCAGUACUCCUUCACUCCCCGGAGAGUGCAGCGUGGAAGCCCUCGUUAACUUCCAGCACAUAGCCACCGGAGACAGACCCCUGCACUGUGCCGCCAACAGCGUCUACCCUAAGCGGAAGCAGGUAAUGGAGAUGUUAAUAAGAAAAGGCGCCCGCGUCAACGAGAAGAACAAAGACGGACAGACUCCCCUACACGUGGCGACUGAGCAUGCGCACUUAGAUGCUAUGGAUCUACUACUAAGGCAUGGUGCAAAAGUGAACGCCUGCGACGGUCGCGGCAGCAGCGCUCUAGCCGUGGCCGCUCGCCGCGACUCCGCCGCCGCCUGCCGCCUGCUGCUCGCUUGCGGCGCCGACACCACGCCCGACGCGCUGUAUCCGCAGCCCGACGACGCAUGCGCAAACGCGGCAGCUCUUAGGCUGCUAGAAGCCGCUCGUACGGGCGACGUGGAGAACGCUCGGAGUAUAUUAGACGCUCGGCCUCGACUCGUCAAUUGUCGAGACGUUGACGGACGACAUUCGACGCCGCUGCAUUUUGCUGCUGGAUACAAUCGCUUGCCACUCGCUCAAUUACUUUUACAAAGAGGCGCCGAUGUUCACGCCAAGGACAAAGGAGGCCUAGUCCCCCUGCACAAUGCGUGUUCCUACGGCCACUACGAGCUGACAGAACUACUAGUAUCAGCCGGGGCCGGUGUCAAUGCGGCUGAUCUGUGGCGCUUCACACCGCUACACGAAGCGGCCGCUAAAGGCAAGGCUGAUAUCGUAAGGUUAUUGUUAAAGCACGGAGCGGACCCUACCCGACGUAACAGAGAUGGUCUGACUCCCCUACAACUGGUCAGAGCGGGAGACAGCGACACAGCCGACGCGCUGAGAGGUGAUGCUGCGCUACUUGAUGCUGCCAAACGAGGGGAUCUCGCUAGAGCCAGGAAACUAAUAACUCCACAAAACGUGAACUGCAGAGAUUCUCACGGACGAAACUCGACUCCUUUACAUCUAGCUGCCGGCUACAACAACCUAGAAGUAGCCGAGGCACUCCUAGAAGCCGGCGCCGCAGUCUCCGCCCGCGAUAAAGGCGGUCUCGUACCUCUACACAACGCCGCUUCCUACGGACAUGUAGAACUAGCAGCGUUGUUACUGAGAGCGGGUACUCCGCCUAACGCUGCUGAUCGCUGGGGCUUCACGCCGCUGCAUGAGGCGGCGCAUAAGGCGAGGACGCAGCUCUGUGCCUUGCUUCUCGCACAUGGCGCAGACCCCUACCUCAAAAACCAAGAGGGUCAAACGGCCUUAGAUCUCGCGGGGGCGGAAGAUGUUCGCUCCCUCCUACAGGACGCGAUGACGUCAGCGGCGGGGGAGGUGGCCGCCCCCGCGCCCCUCCCGCCGCCCCUGCCGCCGCCCCACCAUCCCGUGCUGAUGCCGAGUGGGGAUACAGUCCCUCUAGCACUGCCGGUGGUACCCUCAAACUACUGGGCGGAAGGUUCUCGCGGCAGCUUAGAAGACGCGGCGGGUAGACCGGCGUCUGCUCUCUCCACGUCAGAGUCACUACAAACGUUCCUAUCCAGCAUCGGCCUCGAACAGCUAACGACAGUACUAGAACGCGAACAGAUCACCGUCGACAUACUGUCGGAGAUGUCGCACGAGGACCUCCGCGCUGUCGGCGUCGCCGCCUACGGACACCGACACCGACUGCUCAAAGCCGCCCGGCACAGCCUGCAGGCGGCCUCAGAAUGGUACGGCGGCACCACUCUCGUAGAAGUAGCUCCCCCCACAGAAGGAGAAUGCGCGGACAGCGAGUACACAAUCGUCGAGAGGGAAAUGCAGGCCUCCGUGCGAGCACACAGGGACCACGCCGGUGGUACCUUCACGCACUACAAUGUUGUUAGGAUACAAAAGCUAGUGAACGGUCGUCUGUGGGAGCGCUACCAGCACCGGCGCCGCGAGGUGGCGGAGGAGGCGGGCGCGCACAACGAGCGGAUGCUGUUCCACGGCAGCCCCUUCAUCAACGCCAUCGUGCAGAAGGGCUUCGACGAGCGACACGCUUAUAUCGGCGGCAUGUUCGGCGCCGGCAUCUACUUCGCGGAGCACUCGUCCAAGAGCAACCAGUACGUGUACGGCUUCGGCGGCGGCUCCGGCUGUCCCGCGCACAAGGACAGGAGCUGCUAUCUGUGUCACAGACAAAUGCUGCUAUGUCGCGUGACCCUGGGCCGCGCCUUCCAGCUGCUGAGCGCGAUGAAGAUGGCGCACGCGCCGCCCGGACACCACUCGGUGGCCGGCAGACCCUCGCAGGGGGGGCUGUGCUUCCCCGAGUACGUCGUCUACAGGGGGGAACAGGCUUACCCAGAAUACCUGAUCACCUAUCAGAUUGUGAGCGGGGAACCGAACUCAGGUACCGUGUGAAAGUGACCGACAGUGCUCAGUGCGUUGUGUGGACUCUGCGGCAUAUCGACUGAUACUAGCCGAUAAUCGUUACGAUUACCGUCAUUACCGUUCACGAUUACCGUCAUUACCGUCACGAUUACAUACGGUAAUAACAGUAAUCAUUGUUUCGGUUACCGUUUACGAUUACAUGCUGAAAUUACCGUAAUUAUCGUUACGACUACCGUUCGCGAUUAUAUACGGUAAUAAACGUAAUCGUCGCUACGAUUACCUAUGGUAAUAGCAGUAAUUAUCGUUACGAUUACUUAUGGUAAUAAGAGCGAUUAUCGUGGGAAAUAGUAUGUAAUCGUAACGAUAAUUGUCGGCUUUAGUAACGAUGGUAAUGUUUAUAAUUACCGUGAUUAUAAUGAGGUUAUUUUCAAUUCGGAAUGAUGCUUUUUGCCAAUAAAUAGUGCGUUAUCCUUUAUGAUAGUUUCCGGCUCUUAACAGUUAAUUGUAAUAGUUAUCCUGAUACGAUAGUUGUGGUAAUGAACCGUCAUGAAGUGGCUACAGUGGUUAUGGUAACGAUUUUAUUACAAAAGUGUCAUUUCGUAACGGCAAUAUAAUGGUAAUGAUGUAACAUUUAAGAUGGAAAUGACAUGUGAAUUUUUGUAUUAUUGUUUUUUUUUUUUAAUUAUUUCGUUUAUUUCCAAACGUAUGUUUGACUGACAUGAAGCUUUAAAAGAGGCUGCUUAUUUUUUUUUUAAUUGGUUUCAGUCGAUUUUGAGGUGAUAUUGGAGUUUAUAGACUGACAGACAGUGUUGGACUUAGUUUUAUUAUAAAACUGGCUGUUACUCGCGGUUUUACCCUCGUCUCAUUGUAAUUUCUAUGCGCACCUGGAUAACAAAUUUCCGGGAUUUUAGUUGAACGCACUACUGUCAGGAACAACUCGGCAGAUUUGAGAAAAAAAUCAGUAUUAGAUAAUCCAUUUAACGAGGAUGGCUUUAGACUUUUUAGCCAGGUGCGCGGAGUAGUUCCUACGGAAUAGCGGAAGCUAGUAUUAUGUAUAAAAAUUCCCAUGUCAUUUUAUUUCAAAUUACAAUUACAAAACUUGACUUUGUGUCAAAAAUAUUUUUGCUGAAAUAAAGUGAGUGGAUAUAUAAAUACAUACACAAAUAUAAUAUUCUUCUUUGUAUAUAAACGGACAAUUUUCAAUAGUAGUUUUUUAGAAUUUUAACCGCUUUUUUUGAAGGAAAGAUUGGGUGACACGGUUUUUUAACCGACUGCUAGAAAAGAAGGGUUAUGUUUUUACAGCUUACAUUAAAGUCUGAAAUAGCCAAUCUACGUGGUGAUUAACGCUCAUUCCUUCUCUAUGUGUAUGAGAAGGGUUGCAACCUUGAACUAUGUAUAUGAAGGCUGAUGAUGACGAAGACACAUGAAAACUAGGUAGGUACAGCUUUUCUUUUAGAAAAUUGUGGAAAGACAAACCUAAAUUUAAAUUUGAGAAAUCUUGAUAACCGUGAUAACCUUGUCACCUAAUAUUUUUCGACUUAAAAACGGUUUGAUCAGUAGUAUGAUAUAAAGUAUUGUAAUUUUUGAAAAACAAAAAUUCAUAGCUGGGAAAUUGACAUCAACAAGAACACUUGUUUUGUUCUCAAUGAGUUUCAAAACCAAUUUUAUUUAUAUUUCGGAAGGUUUGUUAAACUGUAGGUCUCGGCUGUCAUUUGAACAUCUUUGGCAGUCGUUACGGGUAGUUAAAAGCCAGAAAGUCUGACAACCAGUCUUACCAAGGGGUAUAGACCUUAAUGUCUUCCAAUAUCAGCAUUUAUGUACGGGACAACUUUUAAGCUUUUAAAUAUUUCAAUAAUCAAAGUUUUUAAAUUUUUCAAGUUAUUUUAAUAACUUGUGACGUGUGUGUGAUGUCAAUUUCUCAGCUAUAUAAAAACUGACUUUGGAUAAUAAUGUUUUAAUAAUAAUAUUACCGCCUCUGACUGUUAGUAAUUUGUAUAUUCAAGAAAUAUUCUAACUAGAUAGACUGGAAUUUCAAUCCAAGAAAUCUGACAACCAGUCUUACCAAGGGGUAUUGGGUUGCCCGGGUAACUGGGUUGAGGAGGUCAGAUAGACAGUCGCUCAUUGUAAAACACUGGUAUUUUACAGCUGAAUUUUGGACUGAAUUCCAGUUUACCUAAGGCUGAGAAAUGUAGAUUUACUUACAUAAAAAGUUAUGUGAAUCAAGCAAGAAUGUACUAUUA